AUGGUCAAACAGGGGUUCGAUAUAAUCAAAGAUCACAAGAACAUUGCCAAGAACACUAAUCUAACAUUCGCUGGUCGGCCUAGGAUGUUUAAUCGCAGAGUCACAGAUGAGGACAUUCCCGAUUAUCAAGAAAACCUUCAUAAGACUGGGGUUGAAACAAAGGGCCAGACGGAGUACCCGGACUGGGAUGAAGGCAUGGUCAAAUGGUGUCGUGAUGAGUUCUUCGAAUUUCAAGACUCGGCAAGAGACCCGAAAGCAUUUCGAAACGGCUCGUUGGCAGCUAGUGUAGCUGAAAAUAAGAUGGCUGCCGACUCUUCCAGAGAGCGACCACCGAGAGAGCUUGUUCGAUUCGUGAUGGCGAGGAUGGCGCUCGAACCCCGUACAAAGCAAUAG